AUGUAUCCAUUAGUUGAACAAGGAAGCUUGAGAGAUAUCCUCGCAAGGAACAAUGUCACCUUUUCUUGGGACAACCAAAUCUCCAUAGCUCUUCAAGUGGCGAGGGGACUGGUUUUUUUGCAUGGUGUGCCAAUGAGUUUUAUACCUUGUUUUAAGGAUGCUAAUAUCCUCAUCGGCCGGGAUUGUAAUGUGAAACUGUCAGGUUUUGCCCUUUCAACAUCCUUUCAGUACGCGUUUUGCUUCUCACAUGUUGUGGAAUUUCUUGGACAAGUGUUGCCCACUUUACGGAUCAUUGAUGUAGUAGUGUAG